AUGGACAUCCGCGUACUCCGAUCGAGCGAUAUCCCCCAUGUCCAACAGACCAACAUCACCAACCUGCCGGAGAACUACUUUUGCAAAUACUACAUGUACCAUGCCAUGAGCUGGCCGCAACUCAGCUAUGUCGCCGUCGAUACACCCUACGACCCACCCAAGAUUGUCGGCUAUGUUCUCGCAAAGAUGGAGGAGGAGCCCAGUGAUGGUAUCCCGCACGGUCACAUCACCUCGCUCAGUGUCAUGCGCACGCACAGAAGACUAGCACUUCUCUCAUAUACAGAACGAGCAAUGGCAGAGACCUACGGCGCCAAGUACGUCUCAUUACACGUCCGUGUUUCCAACAAGGCCGCCCUCGCCCUCUACCGCGACACCCUAGGCUUCAAGGUCGACGGCACAGAGGCCAAAUACUACGCCGACGGCGAAGACGCUUACGGCAUGAAGAUGGAACUCGACCACCUGAAGCCCAAGCCCGGCGACUGGGAUGACGAAGACUUCAGAGAGGAGGAGACCAGUGGAGACGCCGACGAGGGUGAUGCCGUGGGCUCGCUGGGGAAGAACAACGAGGAGCAAGAGCUGUUGAAGAAGGUCAAGGUCGGUCGCGGUCUUGGUGUCGGCGAACUGGUGGAGAAGAAUGACUCUGCGGCAUAA